UAUCAGAGAUCGCUUCUAAGUUUUCCCGUUGUCUCUCUUUCCUAAUUUUGAUUUUAGAAUAUACUCAGUCACUGCUAUGUCGUGCUAUGCAUAAUAUAAUAAUAAUAAUUGUCAGGGUUCAAUUUCGUUUUUAUUGUCUCCCCUGGCUUUUAAAUCACCGAGGACCGCCGGUUGAGUGCUCUGUGAUUUGCAGAGUCCCCCAGCCAGCCAUGACUAAUUGAUUAUGUAGCUUCGCUUAGCUAAUUAGCUACCUAUCCAUCCAUGGCGGCCACCGGGACUUCUCUUUUUCACUCUAGUUUGUACCCGUUAUUCCAUCGGGACUCGACGUCCUCAUCCCUUGGGAAGUUGAUAUCUAUUUCGAUUUCGACUUGGCGACUCGCAGAGCAAGCGCCAACCCCUGCGACGAAGCUGAGGAGGUUGCAAAAGCGUGGAGAAGUUGAGGCGGUAGCUGCAGCGAAGUAUGAGGAUCCGGUGGUGGGGAGUAAGAGCUUGAAGGAGUACUUAGAGCGAUCAAAGGAGUUGAUUAUCAGAUCAGACGGUGGACCGCCUAGGUGGUUCACGCCCUUGGAGUGCGGGCCUCCGUCGAUUAAUUCACCCCUGCUCCUCUUUUUGCCUGGGAUUAUCGAUUCUGGACUUGGACUUAUUAAGCAACAUCAUCGACUUGGAAAGAUUUUUGAGAUAUGGUGCUUGCACACUCCAGUUAUGGAUCGAACACCAUUUACAGAGCUGGUGAAGCUGGUUGAAAGAACAAUUAGGUCCCAGAAUCACCUUUCACCCAAUAGGCCCAUAUAUCUUGUUGGAGAAUCAUGCGGAGGAUGCCUUGCUCUGGCCGUGGCAGCUUGUAAUCCCGAUAUUGAUCUUGUGCUAAUUUUGGCUAACCCAGCUACAUCGUUUAGUCACUCUCAACUACAGUUGUUUAUGACACUAUUGGACAUUAUGCCUGACCUACUCCCUCGUGGCCUCCCUAACAUGUUGAGACUGAUGACAGGGGAUCCUUUGAGGAUGAUGAUGUACAGUCUGCUGGAGGGACUUUCUUUACAACAAACGGUUGGAGAGCUAUCACAAGAUCUUCUUGCAAUUUCAUCUUAUCUCUCUAUUCUGCCUGAUGUCUAUCCAAGAGAAACACUUGGCUGGAAGCUGCAGAUGCUUAAAUCAGCUUCAUCAGUUUCCAAUUCACGCCUCCAUGCUGUAAAAGCUCAAACACUGAUACUUUUUACUGAGAGAGAUCAGUUGCUACCUAGUCAAGAUGAAGGUGAAAAGCUGCGUCGUGCACUGCCAAAAUGUGAAAUUCGUAAGUUCAACGAGAGUGGCCAUUUCCUCUUCUUGCAAGAUAGUAUUGAUUUGGUCACUAUCAUCAAGGGUGCUGGUUUCUAUCGUCGCAGAAAAUGCAAAGACUAUGUUUCAGAUUACAUGCCACCAACCUCUACUGAGUUCAAUAAAAUAUAUGCUGAAAGCAGAUGGAUUAAUGCUGUUACUAGCCCUGUGAUAUUGUCAACUUUAGAGGAUGGGAAGAUUGUGAGGGGCCUUGCUGGAAUACCUUCAGAGGGUCCUGUCUUGCUAGUAGGCUAUCACAUGCUACUAGGACUUGAAGUGGUUCCCUUGGUAACCAAGAUUUAUCUGGAAAGAAACAUUCUUGUGCGGGGGAUAGCACAUCCAAUGAUGUUUAUAAAGCAUAAACAAGGAAGGUUACCUGAUUUAUCACAGUUUGACACAUUACGAAUGAUGGGUGCAGUUCCUGUCUCAGGGAUUAACUUCUACAAGCUUUUCUCUUCAAAAUCUCAUGUCCUGCUGUAUCCAGGAGGCAUGCGUGAGGCUCUCCACCGGAAGGGUGAAGAAUACAAGUUGAUCUGGCCAGAACAGUCUGAGUUUGUCAGGAUGGCGGCAAGAUUUGGAGCCAAAAUCAUACCUUUUGGUGCUGUUGGAGAAGAUGAUAUUAGUGAACUGGUUUUUGACUACAAUGACUUGAUGAAGAUUCCUUACUUUAAGGCUGAAAUAAGAGAAUUAACUAAUGAGGCCGUGAAGUUAAGGACUAAUGAUUAUGGGGAGGUGGCAAACCAAGAUGUACACUUUCCAGGAAUUCUACCAAAAUUUCCUGGUCGGUUUUAUUACUACUUCGGGAAACCCAUUAAAACAGAAGGAAGGGAGCAGGAAUUAAGAGACGGGGACAAGUCUCAUGAAUUAUAUUUACAAGUCAAGAUCGAGGUACAGAGAUGCAUUGGUUAUUUGAAGGAAAAAAGAGAAAAUGAUCCUUUUAGAAAUCUAUUGUCUCGGUUAAUUUACCAGACCAAACAUGGCUUUUCUGCUGAAGUUCCUACAUUUGAACUUUGAGUUUUUCGUAAGAGAUGAAUUCCAUCUUCA